AGCCAUAUUACUUGGAUUUCUCAACCACAAAUUAUGGGUGCCCUUUACCAAGAACCCUCUACUCUUCUCCCAGAUCUAAAAGUCUCAAUCCAUGACACUUCUAUUGUUUUUCCCGCCCAAGAAACUCCAAGAAAAUCCAUUUUCUUAUCAAACAUUGAUCAAGUUCUCAAUUUCAAUGUUGAGACUCUCCAUUUCUUUCCACCCCAUAAAGAUUUUCCUCCGCAUCUUGUGGCUGAGAAGCUCAAGAACACUCUUGCCAGUGCCUUGGUGCCAUAUGAUUUCUUGGCAGGAAGAUUGAAGGAAAACCCUACAACAGGAAGAUUAGAGAUUGACUGCAACGGAGGUGGAGCUGUUUUUGUGGAGGCAUGUAGUGAAUUCUCUUUGGAUGAAAUUGGAGACUUGGUUUACCCUAAUCCUGCUUUUAAAGAACUCAUUAAUGGAAGGCAAAUUGUGAAUGAGUUGCCGGGACAAGGUGAUGAUCACCCUCUUUGUAUUUUCCAAGUAACAUCGUUCAAAUGUGGUGGGUUUGUAAUGGGCAUAUCAACAAACCAUGCAACUUUUGAUGGUUUAAGCUUCAAAACUUUCCUAGAAAAUAUUGCUGCCCUAGCUGCUGACAAACCAUUGGCAGUGAUUCCAUGUAAUGAUAGAAAUCUUCUCGCGGCUCGAUCCCCACCACGUGUCACUUGUGAUCACCCUGAGAUGGUUGAACUUAAGUUCCCCCUUGGUCAAAACUCCAAUGUUGCAAUGUUUGAUGCCACCCCAGAAGAGCUAGACUUCAAAAUUUUCAAGCUCACUGCUGCCAACAUUACUUCCCUCAAGGAUAGGGCAAAAGAAACUUGUAACAUUCAAAAUUACAAACAUAUCACUGGUUUCAAUGUGGUUUCUGCACACAUAUGGAGGUGCAAAGCAUUGUCAUUUGGUGAAAAUUUUAACCCAGAAAGGGAAUCUAGAAUGCUUUACGCCGUCGACAUACGACCUAGAUUGGUCGCACCGUUGCCAACAUCAUACACUGGGAAUGCAGUGUUGAGUGCUUAUGCAACUGCCAAGUGUGAAGAAUUGAAAGUGGAGCCGUUUUCAAAACUGGUGGAGAUGGUUUCUCAGGGAGCGAAACGAAUGACAGACGAGUAUGCACGGUCGUUGAUAGAUUGGGGAGAGUUAUACAAAGGGUUUCCUCGAGGGGAGUUUUUGGUGUCAUCUUGGUGGAGAUUAGGAUUUUCAAAAGUGGAGUAUCCAUGGGGGAGGCCAAGGUAUAGCUGCCCUGUGGUGUGUCACAGGAAGGACAUAAUCUUGUUGUUUCCUGACAUUGAAGAUGAUGAAAAGGGGGUCAAUGUUUUCGUUUCUCUGCCUAAAAAGGAGAUGGACAAGUUUGAAAACCUCUUCAAUGAGUUGAUCUCGGAUUGAAGAGGACUUCUACUUAAUAAUUAAUAAUUAAGUUUCUUGAUUACGUCUCAACUAAAUAAUGUUAGUUAAAUGUAUACGCCUGUGAGCAUGAUAUAUAGUUUGAUUAUUGCAAAUUAAUUUCAAUAUUAAUUUGGUUUACAUCUGUAAAGCUGAAUCAAGAUUUUGAUGGCUAUACAAAUCAUGUGCUUUUAGUUGAA